AUGGACCUCAAGUGGCCAGAGCUCCCGACCCGAACGGAGGCUGAAGGAGGGGGUGGAGGGCCAGCAGCCGCAGCCGCAGCCGCCGGCGCCGGCGGUCCAUCCAGUCACUGUGGUGGUGAUCGCACGGUGCUGUUGGAGACCCCAAGGGCAUCAUCCGGGGAGGCAGCAGUGGCCUCAUUGACUUUAUGGCGAGUUCAGUCCGACACCACUGCCAUAUCGCUAGGAGGUGGAGAGUCGGAACUUGACUUCUCCUUCCGGAUGUGUUCGCUAUACGUCACUCCGACGCCCACUGGGAAGCACUGCACUGUAGAGGCAGGGGAGAUGUAUGUCGGCUCGGUGUUGCGGCCAUGGGUAUUGCGGGAUCUCGAGAUGGCUAGCAAGUUCCCGAAUUCAUGCGAAAUUGAGAGCCUCGUAGGGCACUCGCGUGUUACACCAUCCCUAAAGAUAGAGCUGGACCUUCCGGAUCGAUCAGGAGUCGUUGAGAAUGGACGGGUUAUCAUCACAUUGAAACGUAUGCAGGGCGGGGGUAGGGUUGAUGAGGUCUCGGCUUUGGCGGCGGGGAUGGAGGGAUUUGUGGAGGAAGUGGCGGCUGAGGUGGCGUUGGGGAGAGAGGAGGUGGAGGGGACAGAAGGAGCGGCAGUGUUUUAUUUGCUGGUGGAGGAUUGCCUUGUUGAGGGAAGCACACUCGAUGCUGCUGGCCUCCUCAACCCUCCAGACCCCUCUAUCGAAUGCCGAGAUGUGAGGGCAGCAAUCACCUUCACCGGGGAGGCGGCCCUUCCUUCCCUCCCACCCAAUGCCUCCACACGGACCGUGAAGGUCCACAUCGCCGAGACGGCCCUUUGGCUGCUGGAUGGAGGCGGAUCCAAACUUGACCAGGAACUGGUCCUCCCUUCACAGUCUUCAACCUCGGCUGGAGGUCUUUUGAAGGAGGUUGGUUUUGCCCAGAUAGCAGCAGCGAAGGGUGUGACUGUGAUGGUGACAACCCCAGUGGCCCAAGACGCCCACUUGAGGGCUCGAAUAGCAUUGGAUGUUCAUCACCUACAGGUGGGCUUGUGCGCCGACUCCCUAGCCAGUGUGAGUUCUCUCACUACGUGGUUGUCGUCAUCGCUUCAACUACAACCGCCCGCCUCCCCGGCCACGACAAGCGAUCCUUUGGUAUCCUCCAGAGAGGAGUGUGAGGAGGCCCCUCCACCCGACAGAGCGGGUCCGCGUCUAUGCGUUAUUGAGGACUUUGAUGACAGUGGGAUCCCCUCUCCAGUGACAGCCAUGGAGCCGCUCUCUGCUGUCGAGGAGGAGGAGGUUAGUGUGUGGGGGCGAGAGGAAUGUGGUGAUGGUGGCGGUCUUGAACGAGAAGGCACCACACCUCUGCCGUUGUCGUCGUCAUUGAGGAGGGAGACGCUUGACUGUUAUGGAGGAGUGGAGACCAGCGCGACUUGGUUCGCCCCUAUGGAUGGUGCCACUAUCAUUGGCGACCAUUUUGCUGGGACCGGGGGGGCAUUGAGGAGCUCGCCUUCUUCUGGAGUGACGACUCCUGGGUCGCAACGGACGGUUUUGGAGGGCCUCGAGGUGCGUGUGACGGCAUCGGUGAUUGAGUUGAAACUGUUCGAGGGGAAGGACUGGAGUGAAAGGCCGAGUAAGAUACCAAUCAUGUCCACUUCGAACCAAAUUCGGAUAUCAACCAGAGCGAAGAGAGCUACGAUUUGUACCAAAUUGGAGGAGGUGCUCCUACGAUACGACAGCUCCCCGGGGGGUCAUAACAGGGAGGGUACCCAAAUCGCCCACUCGAGAUUGGAGAUCUCUAUAUUGCCACUCCGCCUCACGCUGGACCAGGACACAGUACACUGGAUGGAUACUUUCGCGGAUACUGUGAAUAUGUACGUGUAUGCUGCGAUGGACAUGGAUGCUGAGUUGUUUGAGGAGGGAGGAGUUGAAGGAAUUGUGGUAGGCGGGAGGAUGGAUGAUGUGGGUAUUGGUAAAUCGAUCACGUGA